CACGUGGGGGCGCCCUAUUGUAAAAUGGCAGCUUCCAUGCGCUUUCGAAUUUGGCGGACAGUUCUGCGUUUCCAAGCGAAUUUCGCGUCAAAUGGACCUCAGGAAAAGGCGCAAAAGAUAUUUCUGCGAGAUUUUAGUUCAAAACGUCGUUUUUUUGGUUUUAAGCGCCCGCUGAUACCUUUAAGGUGCCAUUUCUCGGCAAUUUCUAGACCGGCUGUUGUGCUAGGUCUGGGAUAUGCAGGCGUCUCCGUGGGAUUUUGCGGGAUCGUAGGCAUGGUAGGCCUAGUAUUUGCGCGUUGCGCUCAGUCAAAAAUAAGUGAUACAUUGAAAGAGAGAUGGUUCUUAGCAGCAAGAAGAAACAAUGUGUCUGAAAUUAAGAGGCUAAUAGAAGCAGGUGUAGACGUCAAUGAGCGUCAUCCACUUGGCUGGACAGCCCUACAAGUUGCAUGUGUCAACAAGAACGAAAGUGUGGUGCGAGUCCUCUUGCAGGCAGGUGCUGAUCCCAAUCUUGGUGAUGACUUCACCAAUGUGUGGAAUGUAUCCCAGACCAAGGGCAUCAACUCAUUACAUGUCCUGGUUACCAGGGAAGAUGAGUUCAGUGACAACCUGAACAACCGGGCAACAUUCAAAGGAUGCACUGCAUUGCAUUACAGUGUCUUGAUGGAUGAUCUCCCCGUCACCAAGAUGCUGCUGGAGGCCGGAGCAAACCCCCUCCAAGAGAAUGAAAAUGGCCACACCCCAGUGCAGUACGCCAAAAGUGCCACGAUGAAGGAACUACUUCAGAAGCACGAAACAGAUUUCAAAAUACUUGAGGAGCAGAGAGCAGCUGAGGAGAGAAGGAAGUAUCCCUUGGAGCAACGACUCAAGGAACACAUCAUCGGUCAGGAGGGAGCCAUAGCAACGGUUGCAUCUGCAAUCAGAAGGAAAGAAAAUGGCUGGAUGGAUGAUGACCAUCCCCUAGUGUUCCUGUUCCUGGGUUCGUCAGGUAUCGGCAAGACGGAGCUUGCCAAACAGAUAGCACAGUACAUCCACAAAGACGUCAAGAAGGGGUUUAUCCGAAUCGAUAUGUCAGAGUACCAAGAGAAGCACGAGGUGGCCAAGUUCAUUGGCUCCCCGCCUGGCUAUGUCGGGCAUGAGCAGGGUGGUCAGCUGACCAAGAAACUCAAGGCCUGCAGCAAUGCGGUGGUGCUGUUUGACGAGGUAGACAAGGCCCACCCGGAUGUGCUGACCAUCAUGUUGCAGCUCUUCGAUGAGGGUCGCUUGACUGAUGGGAAAGGCAAAACCAUUGAGUGCAAGGAUGCCAUCUUUGUCAUGACUUCCAACUUGGCAAGUGAUGAGAUUGCAAGAUAUGGACUACAGCUCAGACAAGAGGCAGAGGAGAUAGCAAAACAGAGGCGUGCUGGAAAAUUGGGUGACCUUGAGAUUCCCGAGAAGGUGACCGUCUCCAGGAAGUUCAAGGAGGAGGUGGUGCAGCCCAUCCUCAAGCAUCACUUCAGAAGGGACGAGUUCCUCGGCCGCAUCAACGAAAUGGUGUACUUCCUCCCCUUCUCCCAUUUGGAGCUCAUCAAGUUGGUCACCAAGGAGCUUGACUUCUGGGCCAAGAAGGCCAUGGAAAGACACGACAUCGACCUCAGCUGGGAUAGACAGGUGCUUGAUGUAUUGGCCGAUGGGUAUGAUGUGCACUACGGCGCAAGGUCAAUCAAGCACGAGGUAGAAAGGCGUGUUGUCAACCAAUUGGCAGCAGCACAAGAACAGCAGCUCAUCCAGAGAGGCUGCCAGCUCCGCAUCACUGUGGAAACCUCGGCGGACCCAGGCGAGCUCGCCAGCGGCCCUGCCUCCCAGUUGGAGCCGGCAGCGACCGGUCAUCAUGGCCUGCUCAGGUUGCAAAUCCUGUCCAAGGGCGGCAGGAAAACCCUGGACCUAAAGAGCGUGCCCGCCCCGGAUAAUGUGGACUUCUAAGCCCCUCUCUGAUGGCGUUGGAGAGCACCCUCUUGCGGUGGAAAUUGAGGAGUUGGAAAAGAUGUACAUCCCCACAGCAAGGAAAUGCUCAGCUCAUUCUUUGUGUUCCAUUUUUUUAAAGGCUGCCCUCUCUUGUUGAAGUGAGUUCAGUCCAUAUGGCUUUUAUUAGUGUUCAGGUAUUUGAUGGAAAGAGAACACAAUGAUAUACGCCGAAUUAUUUCAGAUCCAAAAGAAAUUUACCAAAGGUACUAUUUUGUCUGGUAGGUCUGUGUAUGAGAACAUGAUAACAAAUCCUUAGUGCUAUCUCUAAUGUGAAGUAUGUAAAUUACAAAACUUGAAAUUUACCUGCAGUGAUGUAUGUAAUUUACUGAUUGAUCGGUUCAGAAUUUUUCUGAGUAAUGAUAUUUUAAAUGGUGUGAGAAGUCUUCGCUGAUACUAACAUGGAUACUCUGGAUCGUAGAAUCUCCUAGAGAGUCCUGAAAAAUAAACUUGGAUAUUCACGAA